GGGCGGCGCGCCGGAGAGCUGGGGCCGGCUUCUGUUCUGCCAAGAUGGCUUCUCUUCUUCAGUCGGACCGCGUCUCUUACCUGGUGCGCGGCGAAAAGGAGAUCCGCAUGCCGCUUUCGCAGCUGUAUUUCUGUCGCUACUGCAGCGAGCUCCGUUCCCUCGAGUGUGUCUCGCAUGAGGUGGAUUCUCACUAUUGUCCCAGCUGCUUGGAGAAUAUGCCUUCAGCUGAAGCCAAGCUCAAAAAAAAUAGGUGUGCUAACUGUUUUGAUUGUCCUUGCUGUAUGCACACCCUUUCUACCCGAGCAACAAGCAUUCCUGCUCCAUUGCCUGAUGAUCCAGCUAAAACUACAAUGAAAAAAGCUUAUUAUCUGGCCUGUGGAUUUUGCCGCUGGACAUCCAGGGAUGUUGGCAUGGCAGAUAAAUCAGUUGCCAGUGGAGGUUGGCAGGAACCUGAAAAUCCUUAUACACAAAAGAUUAAUAAACUGGUGGAGUAUUAUCAACAGUUGGCUCAGAAGGAGAAGAUGGAAAGAGAUCGUAAAAAAUUAGUUCGACGGCGACCGUACAUGCCACUGGCUUUUUCGGACAAAUAUGGCCUUGGAACCAGGCUCCAACGUCAGAGGCCUGGGGCCCCUAUCAGCGCCCUUACUGGACUUUCGCUGAAAGAAGGGGAAGACCACAAGGAGAUAAAAAUUGAACUAGCUCAGGCUGUGGAAGAAGUAGAACCUUUACCUGAGGAUUAUUACACAAGGCCAGUCAAUCUAACAGAAGUGACAACCUUAAAGCAGCGUCUCCUGCAGCCAGAUUUUCAGCCCAUUUGUGCUUCUCAACUUUACCCACGUCAUAAGCACCUUCUGAUCAAACGCUCACUGCGAUGCAGGAAAUGUGAACACAAUUUGAGUAAACCAGAGUUCAACCCCACAUCAAUAAAAUUCAAAAUUCAAUUGGCUGCUGUCAAUUACAUCCCAGAAGUGAGAAUCAUGUCUAUUCCUAAUCUGCGCUAUAUGAAGGAAAGUCAAGUUCUUCUAACUCUAACCAAUCCAGUGGAAAACCUUACCCAUGUGACCUUAAAAGAAUGUGAGGAAAAUGAUCCUGAGGAUAUUAACAGUACUGCAAAGGUGGUGGUUCCUUCCAAGGAACUAAUCUUGGCUGGCAAAGAUGCAGCAGCAGAAUAUGACGACUUGGCAGAAUCUCAAGAUUUCCAGGAUGACCCUGACAUCAUAGCUUUCCGGAAAGCUAACAAAGUUGGGAUAUUCAUCAAAGUUACUCCACAGAAAGAAGAAGGGAAAGUUACUGUAAGCUUUAAGAUGAGACAUGAAUUCAAAAAUCUUGCCGCUCCAAUCCGCCCCACAGAGGAAGGUGAUCAAAGUUGUGAAGUCAUUUGGCUCACCCAUCAUGUGGAGCUCAGCCUGGGCCCUCUGCUUCCCUGAAGUUUGUGUCUUAAUUGGUUGCUAAAUGAUAGUUACCUGUUAUACUGUGCUUUGAAAAUGCAUUCUGAUAAAAUGCUGGUUUUACAGAGAUGCCUUGGAAAGUGAAAUUUCAGUCAAAAAAGGUAGAGUUGAAACAGAAAAAAGACACUUUUUUUCUCCUUGCCUCCUCCUCUUCACAUCCAUUACAUGAAUUAGUGAUUCUGUCACUAUACCACAUGCAUAGUCAGUGACAGUACAGGCUUAGUGUGCAUGUUUGUAGUUAUCUUCUAUCUUCCUUUAAAAAAAGUCACAACUAGUUCCUUGCAAAAUCUUUUACUAGCUUUCCUUACACCAAUUUAACCAAGCUAAUAUUGGACAAAAUCUAUUUCCUUCUCUGUACAUUUUCUGAUAACUGGAUUACUACUUUUCUGAGUGUAGUAAUUAUUCAACUAGAUUUUUCAGUAAAGCAAUAAUCAACACAGCAGCAUGAAAUGUCUUGCUUUCCCUAUCUGUCAGGCAUCUCAAAUAUUUACUGCUAAGGUUUUUUUGUACCAUUUGUGGCAUUUCAUUGUCUUGUUAUGGACAAUUCCUGAAAGGAAGACAUGAAUCAAUACGAUAUCAUUGGAGGAUUUAACUUCUUAGGUUGGAGAAUGCUUAUUUAAAGGAAAUGCAAUUUAGAAUAGUUGUAUUUGCUGAUGUAUUGCAUUUAUUGAAGCAAGAAUCCAAUUGGGACAAGCACAAGUGUUGUUGUUAAAUUAUUACUUUAGGAACAGGAUACUGACCAAAGAUAGCUCAUUAUGAUUUUAAUUACUUUUAAUAUAUAAAUUUGAACUUUUAAGACCUCUUGGAAAAGUAGCGACCAUCACUAUUGUGCAAUUUUGCACUGAAGGUGUAAAAUCUUAUUCUCCUGCUGAACAGAUUUCAUUAAGAUUUAUAAUAGGCGGGUGAAUAAAUUAUUAUAAAGUAUAAUUUCCAAGUUUUGGGUUUUGAAUUUUAAUGAUUUGAAAUUUAAUAUUGUAGCACUGCAUGCACAUUGUAUGUAAUGGGAAAAUGAAAAGAUCUGAUUGCAGACUGGUGGCCUUGGGCACUCAUUACAGCGUGAAUAUUUAUGUUUUAGUCCAAGAUAGGAAUGGAGAAGAUGAAUAGAAAUGUAUAAUUGGAAGAUGUACUUAAGGCCCCUGGAAAUAUAUUUCUAAUUUGUUAGAAAGUAUAUCUAAGUAGUUUUAAUUUGUUUGGCACUAUUUAAAUAAAAGUUUCACCUUUGUAUUUUGUGCAAUUGAUGUAAAAAGAAGUUUGAUGUAGAUACGUUGUGCAGCAUGAAUUUAAGACAUCUAGGCAAUAUUUAUUCAAUGUGUAGAACAAUAUUAAUGUCUGAUGCUCUCAAAUUUAUACAUUUAACUCCAAUUAAUCCAUGAUUUAACUCUCCACACUAAUUAAAAGUCCAAUAAUAAGUUAAUAUUGUAAUGAACUAAUAUAUAUUUAAGAUUUCUUGUAAACACAUAUAAAGUUGGGACAUACUUGAAAAAUCUUUUCUCCUUUGAACCUCUCAGAAUAUAAGAAUACUUGUACAUAUCUCACUUCACAUAUCUGUAAAAAUAUCUCACUGGAGGGAUAUUCUGCCUUUAUCAGUAUUAGGAUAACUCUGUUGCCUUAUUGUAUAACUUAGUGAACUUCAAAUAAAUAAGCAGACAAAGCUGCUUUCGUGUAUUUUACUUUAUCAUAUUUAAGAUUUUUCUGUCAUAUUUGUAUGACUAGAAAUAACCACGGUAACUUUUGGCAAUGUUAGCAUUACAUGAUUUGUAACACUGGACCAAUAAAUUACUUUUGCACAUCUUUUACAAGGCAUGCAAAAGUCCCAAAUUUUGAAUUAAAGAUAGUCAUCGACUUACGACUAGUUGAGCCUAAAAUUUCUGUUGCAAAGUGAAACAUUUGUUAAGAGAGUUUUGCUCCAUUUUAUGACCUUUCUUGCCAUAAUUGUUAAGUGAAUCACUGUUGUUAAUUUAGUAACCAGGUUAAGUGACUCUGGCUUCCCCAUUGACUUGGCUUUUUGGAAAGUCACAAAAGGGGAUCACAUGACCCUGAGACACUGCAGCCAUCAUAAAUAUAAACCAAUUGCCAAGCAUCUGAAUUUUGAUCACCUGACUAUGGGAGUACUGCAAUGGCUGUAAGUGUGAAAAACAGUCAUAAGUCCCCUUUUCAGUGCCGUUAUAAUUUUGAACAAUCACUAAAUGAACUGUUGUAAGUUGAGGAUUACCUGUACUCCAUAAAAAGUGGGAACUUGUGCGUUUUUUAACAUUCACAAAUGUACAUCUGAUCAGGGCUUUUUCUAUAUAAAAGGUUAAUUGAAACUAUUAUCUAACUUACAUUACUAUCUUUUAGUUUGUCACUUGUGAAACAUUUAUUGCACUCAUGAUGAUUAGAGUAAGAUUAGCUGAAAGCAUUUAGCAAACACUAUUUUAGUAAAAUUAUCUAUGUUUCUCUGUGAAAAUCUAUUAUGGUGAUGUCUGUUGUGAAACACGUCUUGCAAGUAGAAAUCCUUUAGCAAAUUAGAACUGAAAUUAAAAUGCCAUUCCAAAUGCUUUAUAGUGGCAGUCAGAAGGGUAAGACUGGCAAUAGUGAGGAACUAAAAGAUGCUAUAGAACUAGAGUGUAUGUACUAUGAACACAAGGUAGCUGAGAAUUGGGGCUCUAUAACACAAUGUGUUCUAGAGGGAUAAGAGUCCCCUUAGAAGACCUAGCAAAGAUCUUUAGAAGAGAUGAGAGUCUUGGGAAUGCUCUUAAUUCAGAACCAACUAAUAUUCAGCAAACAGUACUAUAGAUAAAUAAGCUCUCAACAUAUCCACGGUGGACUACAGAAACAUUUAGAGUUCUUCCAUAGAGUAAUUUACAAUAUAAAACCAUAUAUUUAAGACUCUAUAACUAACUCCAAGAUUCUCCAAAUUGUUCAUUUGCAUUUGACAUUUAUUCUAUUCCACCAAGAUUAUAGUUUUUUUUUAAACUUCAAAAAUAGCUUCCUAAUUAUUUAAAUUCAUAUCAUUUCUCUUCCUGCCACCUGCCCAUAUGGUACAACGAAAAACCUUGAGAUACUUGGCAUACUGUCUGGUAACAAAAGUAGAAUUCAAAAUGCUGUGGAUUGUGUUUUGUCCAAAAAUUUUGUCUGCCAAUAUGUUAUGUUCUAAAAGUGCCAUUUAUUUUAAAAUGCUUAAAUGUUCAACCUUAGAGCUGGAGGAUAAAUCAAGUUGUAAAAAAUGAUUAGUAAAAAAUGGAGUACUGUAAAAUGUUCUUUAAUUGAAGAAUUAUACUAGGCAAUAACAUUGAAAUCUAGUGUCUGAUUCUAAGAAAACAUUUGCUGAAAAUAACAUCUACAAAAUAUUUCUGAAAACCAUUAUGCACCUGGGCAGUGGAGGUGGGCAAUCUGAGUAGAAAUAAGUUGCCUGAAUUGCCAAAUCUGAAUUUUAUAGUUUUGUGCUUGGGACCAUAUUGAUUUGUAAUAGAAUGUAAUAGUUUCCAUAUACCAAGUAGACAUUUUAAAAGAAAAAUAAUAGAAGUCAUUUGAUCUUUCACCACAUUAACACAUUAUUCUUUUGUGAGAAUAUGACUACAGCUUUAUAAUGUUCAGGUAGACAGAGUACAAAUGAAGAGCAUCCAUUAGGAUUUCUGUCACAGGUUUUUUACACAGAAGUUGGUGUCUUGUGUUUUAUGCAUAUUUUCAAUUGGAUCUCAAGUAAAAAUCAUAGAGAUCUAUACCUUGUUUCGCAAUGAGUCAAGUAUUUCAUAUGCUGCUUAUUGUGCAGACAGCUGUGAUUUCAUGAUUGGUUACUUGUGGGAGCAAAAAUCGGGCAAAAUCAAACAGAUCUGUUCUGUAUCCUAGAUUUAACA